AUGACAAUGGCACGUAAGAGGUCUAAUUUUAAGAUUUUGAGAAUUUUCUUCUUUCUCAUAGCUGGUUUAGCCGGUAUUGCAUUGCUUUUAAAACUAUCAUCCAAUGCGAGAGCAUCUGAUAUUCAAAAGAUAUUGCAAAACUUACCAAAAGAGAUAACUCAAAGUAUAAAUGUUGCAAACUCUAAUCAGAAGGCCGAUGCUGAUGUAAUGGCUAAGUUUGCAAAACUAGCAGAGGAUAUAAAACUAAAACAAGAAGAACAAAGCAAACAGUUUGAGAGACAAAGGAAAGUCCUUGAGAGAAAAUUGAGAAACAUGAAACAAAUUUCGACCGAUGCAACAUUGCGUGAGAAAUUGGCAUAUAAUUUUGAAUACGAUGGUAAGAGCAGAUUUCCGGCGUUCCUCUGGCAAACCUGGUCUGGAUCACAAACACCUGAAGAAGUCCUGCACGUCAAAGCUACUUGGCAAGAAAAAAAUCCUGGAUUUGUCCACGAAAUUUUAACCCCAGAAAUGAUGAAUGCUCUGGUUCAUCACUAUUAUUCAAUUGUGCCGGAGGUAGUCGAAGCAUAUAAACUAUUGCCUGAUAAUAUCUUAAGAAUCGAUUUCUUCAAGUAUCUGGUUUUGUUAGCAAGAGGAGGUACUUAUGCUGAUAUUGAUACUAGCCCAUUACAGCCGAUUCCAAACUGGAUUCCGGAAACUGUUGAACCAAGUGAUAUUGGUUUAACUGUCGGAAUUGAACAUGAUGCGCAAGCAGUCGAUUGGAGAAGUCAUUAUGUGAGGAGAUUACAAUUCGGUACAUGGGUUAUACAAGCUAAACCUGGUCACCCAGUACUGAGAGAGGUUGUCGCACAAAUAGUGGAGCAUGUUUUAAACAACAAAGAUGAUUUAAGCACAGUUAAUGUCAGAAAUGAUUUGAGUGUAAUGAAAUUCACCGGUUCUGCUCUGUUUACCGAUGCAAUAAUGACAUAUUUAAAUGAUUUCAUUAAGAGUGGUUUAGAUAGGAAAGUCACUUGGAGGGACUUUACGAAGAUUACUAGUCCUAAAUUGGUUAGUGAUAUUUUAGUUUUUCCUGAGUUUUCAUUCAAUGUUCCGGAAAACUUUGACAAAGAAGACCCUCUAAGAGCUCAAUUUUUUAUCUCUCACAAAGGAGAAAAGUUCUGGAAAGCAGCACCAAAAGUAGCAUCAUAA